AACACGGCACACACGCACAGAGAGCAGAUCUGACAUACAGCAGCAGAUAUUGGCUUCAGCACAUCUCUGGUUCUGCAAUGAGAAGGCCGUGUGUGUUGGUGUUGUUGGUGAGCGUCCUCGUCUGUCCGGCGGAUCUUUCUCCGGUGAUUGGGCCUGAACCCAUCCGCUGCGCUCCAUGCUCUCAGGAGCAGCUGGACUCCUGCCCCGCCGUGUCCUCGGACUGUCCGGAGGUGCUGCGAGAGCCGGGCUGCGGAUGCUGCUCGUCCUGCGCGCUGAAGAAAGGAGAGUCCUGCGGUGUUUAUACGGCUCACUGCGGCACCGGCCUGCGCUGCGUCCCGAGACCCGGCGACCCGCGGCCGCUGCACGCUCUGACCCGCGGACACGCCGUCUGCACUGAGGACGACCGCACAGAAGAUGAGCCGGACGUCACGUCUGACCAGGGCUCCCUGCAUUACCUGCUGGGCCUCAACCGGCCGCUGGACCCGCGGGACGCAGCGGAGGCACAGGAGAGCAUCAAGGCCAAAGUCAACGCCAUCCGCAAGAAACUGAUCCAACAGGGUCCGUGUCACACUGAGCUGCACGCGGCUCUGGACCUCAUCGCUGAAUCCCAGCAGACGUUAGGAGAGAAGUUCACCAGCUUUUACCUGCCCAACUGUGACAAGCACGGAUUCUACAAGGCCCAGCAGUGUGAGACGUCUCUGGAGGCCCAGCCUCCCCGCUGCUGGUGUGUGUCGUCCUGGAACGGGAAGAGAAUCCGUGAGGAUCUGGCGUCUGAUUCCCAGUGUCCUCAGGAGCUCACGCACUGAACUGAUGCUGCAGCUCACUUCACUUAUGUUUCCUUCUGUACCGUAUUUAUUCUUAUGUAUGUGACUAAUAUUUAUGACCUAGUUUUUGACAGAAUCCUACCAGAAUGAAUAUGAACUAGAAACAAUCACUAGAACUCCACCUCAGCAAGAUCCCGAUCUGGGUCUUCAGAAGCUCAGAGAUGAAAUCUUGACGCUCCACGUAAACUACGUUCGUUCUACAGCAUAUGAUAUUAUGAUUCUGCCUCCGUCUGUGUUCGCUGUGGCUUUUCCUGACCACUUUAAUUCAGUAUAACUGUUUUUGCAC